UAGGAAUACGAAGUACUCAGAACAUUUCAUUAGACCAAACGUGUUCAAUUUUUUAAGCAAUUCUGAAACAAGUUUUGUGGCAGCCAACCAAAAGACGAAUGUUGCAGUUUUCCUAGUCGUGGAGAAGACCAGAGAGGCCAGAGACAGAGUCCGAGUCCGAGCCAGAGACUCACAGCGAAAUCUUCAGUUGACUGUAAGAGGAGAGAGAGAAGAAGCAAUUGGUUUGUUUCAUUUUUGAACUAUAUCGAAGUAGUCCGAGAAUCCGCUGUUUGAACUUUUCUUAUUUCAAUUCGAAUAUGAACUCUGACGACGAAUACUCGGAUGAAGAUCACGGCGAUUCGCAUCGUUCAAUAAACAGCACUUGCUCGUUCAUGACGAGUGUGGAGAGCGAUGAGGACACCUGCACGGAAAUCGAUCUACCCGAGCGUCCCAGGCGCAGCGUCGAGGUCGAUGAGUUUGUGUACAAGGUGCUAACGGCGGAUCAGAUAGUGCAACACCAGCGCAACAUCAUCGACGAGGUCAACAAUGUGUUGCAUCUAUCGCCGCAGGUCACACGGAUCAUUCUCAAUCACUACAAAUGGGACAAGGAGACGCUGUUCGAGCGGUACUUUGAGAGCAGUCCACAGGAGUUCUUUCGUCGCGCCCAUGUGGUAAAUCCCUUUGCCACGCCCUCCAAGCUCAGUCUCAAGUCGGUGCCGAGUGUGAGUGGACAGGAGCAAGUCUGCGGCAUCUGUUAUUGUCCCUGCGAUGAGCUGAAGGGUCUGCCCUGCGGUCACGCCUUCUGUGCCGUGUGCUGGAAACAGUAUUUGACCAACAAGACAUUCAGCGAGGGAUUGGCCCACAGCAUCACCUGCCCCGCCACCGACUGUGACAUCCUGGUCGAUGACGUGUCCUUCGUCAAGCUGGCCGAUAACCCAGAGGUGAUUGCCCGCUACCAGCAGCUGAUCACCAACACCUUCGUCGAGUGCAACUCCCUGAUGCGCUGGUGUCCCGCUCCAAGUUGCACCCAUGCCAUCAAGGCCAGCUACUGUGAGCCGCGGGCCGUGAGAUGCGCCUGUGGCCACGAGUUCUGCUUCGGAUGUGGCGAGAACUGGCAUGAGCCCGUCAGCUGCUCCUGGCUGAAGCGAUGGCUGAAGAAGAACAACGAGGACUCGGAGACAUCCAACUGGAUAGCACAGCAUACGAAGGAGUGUCCCAAGUGCAAUGUGACGAUCGAAAAGGAUGGCGGAUGCAAUCACAUGGUCUGCAAGAAUCCCUCGUGUCGCUAUGACUUCUGCUGGGUGUGCCUGGGCUCCUGGGAGCCACAUGGCUCCUCCUGGUACAGCUGCAAUCGAUUCGACGAGGAGGAGGGCAAACAGGCGAGGCAGGCACAGGAACGCUAUCGAUCCUCGAUGGCCCGAUAUCUGCACUAUUACAAUCGAUAUAUGAAUCACAUGUUGAGCAUGCGCAUGGAGAACAAACUGUAUGCGAAUGUUCAGGCCAAGAUGAACGACAUGCAGGAGAACAUGAGCUGGAUUGAGGUGCAGUUCCUCAAGGAGGCCGUCGAUGUCCUUUGCCAGUGUCGUGCCACACUCAUGUACAGCUAUGUGUUUGCGUUCUAUCUGCGCAACAACAAUCAGAAGAUCAUCUUCGAGGACAAUCAGCGCGACAUGGAGAUGGCCACCGAGAAGAUCUCCGAGUGCCUGGAGCGUGAGAUCACCGUGCAGAAUCUGUACGAGGUGAAGCAGAAAGUGCUCGAUCUGUCGCAUUAUUGCCGCAAGCGUCGCACCGUCCUCCUGUGUCAUGUGCGGGAGGGUUACGAAAAGGACUGGUGGGAUUUCAUUGAAUAAGAACCGAUUCAAUCCCGAAUAGACUGUACGGCUGUAAACGGCUAUAGAUGGUGACACGCCAUUGAUCGAUCCUCUUUGAUUGGCAUAACAGACACGUCACGUCACGACACAACAUGUCACGACACGACACGACACGAUACGACACGACACGACACGCAUUUCUCUGAAGACUUUAUAUUUUUAUUGCAUUUCGGUUUGAGCUAUUAAAAAGUCACAACAACUGCUUUUGGCUAGCUCUCUGGUUAACAGCCAGAGACAUCAAAAUUCUACAGUCACAUAAUGCCACAGGAAUAACGAUGUGUUUUAUUUGCAAUCAACAAGAUACUAAACAUUUAGUCAAA